AUGUCCUUGACAGGACUGAAUGCGGUUUUUGAAGCCUCUCGUUUCCAGUGGUUGAACUGCGAUCAAUGGACUCUGGUGUUUAUUAACUCCCACUUGAUGCAACGUCACAACACCUUUGAUGUGCCGAUCUUAACUGAAGGUAUUUGGAGGGUUGAUAAUCACUACCACCAGGAUUUUAACAUUUGGCAAGAGACAAGUUUAACGUCCUCAACUAGGAGUGAUGUGGAUGAUUUGCUGUACUUCAAUGCUCGUAUCGGCAAUGUUUUUCUUUGCCGGCGUCGUAUCUUCUCGCAUCUAGGAGUAAUGAUGCCUUUGUCCCUCCAUGCAUCGGUCAUGGGCCUCUUCAAGGUUAGGUAG